UUUUUUAAAAUUCGAAAUGUCUACCUGCUACAACUGCGGUAAAUUGGAAAAGGAUUUGAAGGCAAUGACUGCUCGGGCUCUGAAGGCUGAGGAUGAAUUGAAGGAAAUGACUGCUCGGGCUGUGAAGGCAACCGAAGAAGAAGAAGAGGAAUCGUGGGAGGAAUAAUGUCGGCAGCCGAGAACGAAAGUGGUUGAAAUUGCAAAAGCAAUUGCAUGCGCCUCCUUCACCACCGGUGCUUCAAAUUAAAGAAGAAAACGAG